CAUGACUUCCUUUUAACUUGGCUUAAUAGACCUACUUUAUCAGGAAUUAUUUUUCAUCAACUGAAGAAUUGCGUCGUAAUACAUCGUACUAUGUACUCGUGAUAACAAUUAGAAAUAUCUACGUUUGCUAUUUUUCAACACAAGUCAAAUAUUUGGUCAUCAGUGACGUCAUAAUAUUCUACAUGAUUGUGAUUAAACUUAUCUUUCUUCCCUCCGUUUCAUUAGGUCUUUUGCAUCUUCAUCUACAACAGGCCAAUGCCAGAUAAAUUAUUAUUGAUAACGUCUGGAACAAUAAAAGUUACGAAGCUCAUAUUGCGGGUAUGAUUAAACGUGAAAAAUUAUCUGAACGAAGCAGUCGGAUCAAAAACUAUCUACGCAAACUCAUCCUAUUAUUUGGAAAUUGGAAAAUCUCAGUGUCUUUAGAAAUGGCAUGUAAAUAUAAUCAUAUAAUAUACUUAAGUCUACUACUCAUGUCAAUGUUUGUCGACUCAACAGCGAAUAGCACUUUGGUUCUGGGUGGAAUGUUUCCAGUCCACAGCAGCAAUGAUAACGGGCAAGAGUGUGGACAAUUACGGGAAAGUGGAAUACAACGCCUGGAAGCAAUGUUUUUUGCUAUCGAUCAGAUCAAUGCAAAUCAAACCAUUUUGCCUGGAGUCAUCAUUGAAGCGGAGAUGUACGACACGUGUCGACUGGAGACCCACGCUCUUGAGCAGACGGUAGAAAUGUUUAGUAGCAAAGACUUGCACAGUCAAGAGGGAAGCACGUUAUAUGUGUGUCCUGACGGUUCCUUUCCAACGUUUAAUGAAGAUCACCAUGAACAAGCCAUUGGUAUCGUUGGAGCGUCCAGUAGCUCGGUGUCACAGGCUAUUGCAAGUAUUUUACGUGUUUUUAAGGUUCCACAAAUAAGUUAUGCGUCAACUAGUCCUGAAUUGAGUGACAAAACGCGUUAUGACUACUUUCUUAGAGUAGUUCCGACAGACACAUUCCAAGUACAGGCUAUUGUUGACGUCAUCAAACAACUAAACUGGAGUUACGUAUCAACGGUCGCGUCUUCUGGUAACUAUGGUAAAAGUGGCGUCGACGAAUUUAUUUAUCAGACACGCAGUCAAGGAAUAUGUGUUAGUCGUUCUGAGGUCAUUGAAACGCAGACAAAAGAAACAUACAAUCGAAUUGUAAAAUACCUGGCGGAAGACGAGAAAGCACGCGUUGUAAUAGCGUUCGUUAUGGAGGACGAUGUCGCCGGCCUUCUACGAGCCGCCAUUCGUAAUAAUCUGGAGGAUCAUUUUAUCUGGAUCGGAAGCGAUGGCUGGGGUACCAAAUCGUUCAUAUUAGAUGGACUAGAACACGUGGCUGUGGAUGCUAUUACAUUGGUACCUGGGAGGUUUGACGUGGAAGGUUUUGAUGACUACUUUACGUCACUCGAUCCGGACAACAACAAACGCAAUAUUUGGUUUCAAGAAUAUUGGCAAACAGUAAAUGUUUCGACAAAAUCGGCCCAUGUACAAGAAGAUAAAGUGGCGUUUGUUGUCGAUUCAGUGUACGCAUUUGCGUAUGCGUUACAAGACAUGAUGAACGUGUUACAGUUAAACGCAAUGUCAUUGAAUGAUGCAGCAGCUGAUGGCGAACGUUUGUUGAAAUUCAUCAAGAACGUAACAUUUAAAGGUAAAGGAUCUGAUUUCAUAAAGUUCAACCAGGAUGGUGAUAGGCUUGGGGCGUAUCAGAUAUUUCAAUACCAAUAUAAUAGAUUGAAUGGAAACUACACCUACGUUGAAGUGGGAAACUGGAAGAAUGACCAACUAAAUCUGCAAACAUCUGUCCUUCGUUGGAAACAAGGUGUCCAACCAAAUUCAGUAUGUGCUGAACCAUGCGCGGAUGGGGAGAUUCGCAAGAGUGAGGGUGGUGUAUUUUGUUGCUGGGUUUGCAGUCCCUGUCCUACAAACUCAUUUCGUGAGAAUGAAACGGAGUGCGUUGUGUGCGACCAGGGAUACAAACCAGAUCUCAAGAUGAGUAGAUGUAUGAAGAUUGAAGCGGAAUAUCUAAAGUUGUCUGAAUCAGGUGCUAUCUUUUCAGUUAUUGCAGCCUCAAUUGGACUAGUUCUGACAUGUUUAACUACCGCAGUGUUUAUAUAUUUCAACGCUACACCAGUAGUGCGGGCGUCAGGAAGAGAGCUCAGUUAUAUUCUCUUAGGUGGAAUUUUAUAUUGCUACAUGGUCCCGUUCUUUAUAUUAUCCCGACCCACAUUAUUUACGUGCGGUUUUAUUCGCUUCAGUCUCGCACUCUGCACCGUUAUUUGCUACUCGGCACUUUUAACCAAGACCAAUCGUAUUGCUCGUAUCUUCAACAAUAGUGUUCGAAGCGCCAAACGUCCUCGGUACACGAGUCCCCAGUCGCAAGUAAUGAUUUGCAGUCUACUGAUAUCUAUUCAAGUUAUAUGUGCUUUGAUUUGGUUGGUCGCAGAUCCACCGCAGGCCAUUGAGGAUUUUCCAAAUAUUGAAACGGUUGUUCUGCAGUGCGCAGUCUCAGAUCACGCCAUACUUGUAUCAUUGUUGUAUAACUUUAUGCUCAUUAUUCUGUGCACUAUCUAUGCCUUCAAAACUAGGAAGAUUCCAUCAAAUUUUAAUGAAGCGAAGUUUAUUGCAUUUGCAAUGUACGCUACAUGCCUGUUGUGGAUAGCAUUUAUUACAGUUUACCUGGGAACUUCAGAGUUAAACUAUCAGAUUCAAGAUGUAAUGAUGAGUUUAGUUGUAAUACUGAGUGCCUCUUCACUCCUCUUUUGUCUUUUCUGCCCCAAAAUUUACAUCAUACUCCUAGAACCUGAAAAGAACGUGCGAUCUUUGGGAAAUUCUGGUACGCAAAAACCGCCUACGUCACUAGCUGCUGGACACUCGGAAAAUUUAGCGGCUUCCGCUGUUAGCGUAAUAUCGUUCUCCCAUUACACAGCCGACGUAAAUGGAACUCACGAUACGACAAGAAACAACGGCGAAUCAACAAAACUAUGAAGACGCCAACUAUCGAUUCAAAAAUGUUACUACAAUCAACAGCAUUAUCGUGUGGUGUGGACUGUUUUUCGUCUAUUUACUUACCUACCGUAUGCUUUCUGUUCGUGGACUUACCGAAUUACUAGCGAGCUAUGGCUUUGCGCGACGACGUAGAGCUAGAACGGAUUCACUCAUGCGUGACCGCCCUACGUUCUUCGCACAACGUAGAUUUGGGCCAAAUUGAGUCCUAGAAUUCAAGCGACAUUCUCGCAAUAUGCGCAGAUAACUUCAAAGGUCUGCAGUCGUCGUGCAAUAGAAAGCUCCCUAAUAGCUGCUAAAAGCACCUUAGCAGUUUCAAACUUCAGGAAGUAAUGUUGAAAAUCUCUUAUAUCUAUAUGCAAGAUAUAAUGAGGAUUAAAGUAUUUAUGAUUGAAAAAAUGGAAUGGCGGUAUAACUGUGUAUACUGUACAAACGUAAAAUAGCACGAUUUGCGAAGAUGAUCACUUUAGUAUGUUUAAAGAAGUCAAUCUUACAUUAAUAUUCUAAAAAUAUUAAGGUGAACACUAACAACAAAUUAUAAAAUUUAUCCUUUUACUCCAUUUUAGUAGCCAGGCUUUUACUUUGACUUUUGCGUAAUAACAUUCUUAGUAAUAAUUCCAUCCAGAUUCAAGCUAGUGAUAUUUCGCAUACGUGCGCAUUUGUUGUGAGCCUGUGAGCCUGUGAA